UUGUCGCGUUGCGCGGUGCUAGUAGGCCGCGCUCGGGCCCUGCGGCCUUGCCUGGAUCGGUCGCGGGGUUUUGGUGACGGGGAGCGGCAGGGGUGAGGGGGGUGUGCCGGUCCGGACUUUGAGAUAUUUAAAAGGGCACCACGGGAUGAACAAUAAGGCCUGGAUUGGUCUGUAAGAAGGUAGGGCACUGAUAAGGGGUUGACAGGCUCUUCACGGUCAUGGAGUACCUUGGAGAGCAGACCCAGGGCAGUCAGGGGAAAAUCCUGUGUUGCCAGUGCGGGGUGCCCAUCGCGCCCAACGCCGCCAACACCUGCGUCUCCUGCCUGCGCACCCAGGUGGACAUCACCGAGGGGAUCCCCAAGCAGGGCUCCGUCUACUUCUGCAAGCAAUGCGAGCGCUACCUGCAGCCGCCCGGCACGUGGGUGCACUGUGCGCUGGAGUCACGUGAGCUGCUUGCGCUCUGUCUCAAGAAGCUCAAGGGGCCCCUGAGCAAGGUUCGUCUGAUCGACGCUGGCUUCAUCUGGACGGAGCCGCACUCCAAGCGCAUCAGGGUGAAGCUCACCAUCCAGAAGGAGGUGAUGAACGGCGUGGUGCUGCAGCAGGUGUUCGUGCUGGAGCUCAUCGUCAGCCACCAGAUGUGCGACGACUGCCACCGCGUGGAGGCAAAGGACUUCUGGAAGGCCGUGGUGCAGCUGCGGCAGAAGGCGUCUCACAAGAAGACAUUCUUCUACUUGGAGCAGUUGAUCCUGAAGCACCGCAUGCACCAGCACACGCUCAACAUCAAGGAGGUGCACGGAGGACUGGACUUUUACUUUGGGUCGAAGCAGGAAGCACGCAAGAUGGUGGAGUUCUUCAACACCGUGGUGCCUUGCAGGUCCAAGACAUCGGAGCGCCUCAUCUCUCACGACGUGCACACCAACACCUACAACUGCAAGAGCGCCUACUCCGUCGAGAUCGUCCCUAUAUGCAAGGGCGACGUGGUGUGCCUGUCCCCGGCGCUGGCGCGCUCGCUGGGCAACCUGGGGCAGGUGUGCGUGUGCGCACGCGUCACCUCCGCCAUCCACCUCAUCGACCCCGGCACCCUGCAGGUGGCGGAGGUGAGCGGGGCGGUGUUCUGGAGGGAGCCCUUUGGGUCGCUGUCCACGCCACGUUCCUUCACAUCGUUCAUCGUGCUGGACGUGGAGACGCUGCGGGACCAGCGGCGCUCAGCCGCCUCCGGGGCUACAUCCUCGCGGCAUGUGCUGGCGGAGGUCUGGUUGCAGCGGUGGAACGAGGUUGGCACGGGGGAGCAGCUGCACACACGCACACACCUGGGCCACCUGCUCAAGCCAGGAGACCGCGUGCUGGGGCUGGACUUGUCGUGCGCCAACUUUGGCGACGUGGAGGGGGCGUCGGCGUCGUCGUCGCCACCGUCCGUGGUGCUUGUGCGCAAGGCCUACGAGCGCUCGCGACGGGCACGGCGGCGAAACUGGACCCUGGCCGAACUGCCCAGGGAGCGCCAGGGCAACCACGACGUCGCCUCGGACGACGAAAGGCAGUACGAGGACUUCCUGGAGGACUUGGAGGAAGAUGAGGCUGUGAGGAAAAACGUGAACAUCUACCGUGACCGGAGCCACGUGGAGACACCAGCAGGAGGAGGAGGAGGUGGAGGAGGUGGAGGUGGUGGAGGUGGGGACGAUGAGGAGGAGGAUGACGACGACGCUCCGCGGAUCGGCCUGGAGGAGAUGAUGGACGACCUGAAGCUCACGGACGCGCCGGGAGGCCCCGAAUCGGACAUGGUGUCUGAGUGACGCAGAGGAGACGCACACUCAGACACUCACUUAGUCACUCACUUAGACACUCACUCACUCAGUUAGACACUCACUCACUCACUUAGACACUCACUUAGACAUUCACUCAGACACUCACUUAGACAGUCAGACACUCACUCACACACUUACUUAGACACUCACUCAGACACUCGCUCACUCAGACACUCACUCACUCAGACACUCAGACACUCACUCACUCACUCAGACACUCACACACUCACUCACUCAGACACUCACUCACUCAGACACUCACUCAGACGGUCACUCACUCACUCACUCAGUCACUUAGACACUCACUCACUCAGACACUCACUCAGACACUCAGACACUCACUCACUCACUUAGACACUCACUUAGACACUCACUCAGACACUCACUCACUUAGACACUCACUUAGACACUCACUUAGACACACACUCAGACACUCACUCUGAUAUUCACUUAGACACUCACACACUCAGUCAGACACUCACUCAGACACUCAGAUACUCACACACUCACUCACUCAGACACUCAAGACACCCACUCAGACACUCACUCAGACACUCAUACACUCACUCAGACACUCACUCACUUAGACACUCACUCACACACUCACUUACUUAGACACUCACUCAGACACUCAUUCAGACACUCAUUCACUCAGACACUCACACACUCACUCAGACACUCACUCAGACACUCACUCACACACUCACUCACUCAGACACUCACUCAAGACACUCAGACACUCACUCAAGACACUCAGACACUCACUCAGACACUCAGACAUUCACUCAGACACUCACUCACUUAGACACUCACUCAGACACUUGCACACUCACACACACAAUCACUCAUACACUCACUCACUCAGACACUCACUCAGACGCUCACUCACACGCUCACUCACACACUCACUCACUCAGACACUCACUCAAGACACUCAGACACUCACUCAAGACACUCAGACACUCACUCAGACACUCACUCACACACACUCUCACACACUCACACACUCACAACAACAACAACAACUGCCAUUCGCCACUAAGUGGCGGUGACGUCACCACGACGCUUGUGCCAGGCCAUGUGCACCUUGAGGCCACGUGAAGUGUCGAACGCCCGCUGGCAGGAGGUCACGGGGCAGACCCAGCAGGUGACACGGGUCGACUGACUGAGAUGACCGAGAUGACUGGCUGAUGCACCACCUGUGCCCCCUACUGUGCCAACUUGCUGUGCUUUAGCUACCUGGCGCUCCGCUCGUUGUUGUGAGCGUCGCUCCUCCGCCCUCCGUUGUUGCUGGAGGGCGACUGCCUCCAACUGCCCAGUAGCGUCCUUCACGAGCCUCCUCCACAGAGGCCGAUCUUGACACCGCUGGUACCGGUCAUCGGCAAGUCCACUCAGCUCCACGUCCUCCUGUACCACAUCACUCCAUCUCUUCUCGAGCCUGUGCCCGGCCGGGUACGGGUAGCCGGGUACCCGGUUGCGACCUCUGGUGUAAACAGACACCCAAGACACGGACAUACUGCGGGUCACAGGCAGACGGGAGACGCACGGGACAGACACGCGUAGACACACGGGACAGAGACACACUUGUAGACACACGGGACAGAGACACACUCGUAGACACACGGGACAGAGACACACUUGUAGACACACGGGACAGAGACACACUCGUAGACACACGGGACAGAGACACACUCGUAGACACACGGGACAGACACGCGUAGACACACGGGACAGAGACACACUUGUAGACACACGGGACAGAGACACACUCGUAGACACACGGGCGCUGCUCAGAGACGCGCUUGGGGCACGACACACACAACUGGAGUGGCUCUUUGGCGUUGCCACUUGCGUGCGCGCGCGAGGAAUCAUUUCAGCGCUGCAAUAAAAGCACGGGAGAUUG